CCCCCCCGCCUAUAUACAUCCGGCUUUCACACCCACUCAGAGAUUAUCGGAGCGGGAAACGCGUGUGUCACGCCGCCUCUUACGAACACGGCCUACGAGAGCAAAGAUUCUCACAAAAUCGCUAACCAUCGACGACGACGCCUAAACCCGCUGAUACCGCCCCCGCGCUCCUUCGAUUAAUUCGCCGCGACGCGGAAUCGAUAUCGGGCGGAAGAGACACGACGCCGAUAAGCCACGCUCGAAACAGCCGACGUUGCUGAUAAACGUCGAAUCUCCGCGAGACGACGAUUCGCUGAAAUAUCGCGCGACAACAACGACGACGACCGAGAGCCAAGCGCGACUUCAACGUGAGGAAGAUCAAGAUCGCGAGAGACGCAGUAGUGAUUUCCCACGCGGAGGAUCCACGCACAAAAAGACAGUUGCGGAUCGUCGCGUACAUGGGACAUUAAAAACGUCGCAUCGUGCUUAAACGGAAGAUCUGCCGUCUGUAGUAAGGUAUAAUAAGUUUGAAGUAGUCGAACGACUCCGAGGCAUACGCGGGAUUUCGUGUUCUCUUUGUGUGGAAGAAGGUGAGAGCGAAAGAGAGAGAGAGAGAGAGAGAAAAAGAGAGAAGGGAAGGGAUGAAUGAGUGUAUGCACGUGAGCGAAUGGUAAGAGAGAUUGACGAGACAGGGUGAAAGUGGUGGAACGCAAGGGUGGACACUGCGAAAUCCCGUGAACAACUGCCGACGAGCUCGUGUCGCGAGUUGCGAUCGUAUCCUAUAAACCGAAACAUAUAUAUCCUUGGCAAGAUCAGUCGACGCGAGUGCACGCGACCGGGGAAAAAGGCGCCGAUCAUCACGCGAGGAGGAGUUUAAGAAGGAAGAGUGGGAGAGAGAGAGAGAGAGGAGAGUUAUCGGUGGUGAAUUCGGUGGUGGAGAGUCCCGGGACUUUCUCCCUCUAACGGUAGAGGCCAGCGCACGAACGGGGGAUUCUUCGGUCUUCCAGGAGUGUGGAAGAAUGGCAAUGGUCAACAUGAAUAACCUACUGAACGGCAAGGACUCGCGGUGGCUGCAACUGGAAGUCUGUCGGGAGUUCCAGCGCAACAAGUGCACCAGGCCCGACACGGAGUGCAAGUUCGCUCAUCCACCGGCUAACGUCGAGGUGCAGAACGGACGGGUCACCGCCUGCUACGACAGUAUCAAGGGUCGAUGUAAUCGGGAGAAACCACCUUGCAAGUAUUUUCAUCCCCCGCAGCAUCUGAAGGACCAACUCCUCAUAAACGGGCGCAACCACCUAGCGUUGAAAAACGCGCUGAUGCAGCAGAUCCAGCAGGGCCUUACGCCGGGUCAACCCCUUGUGCCCGGCCAGGUACCAACAGUGGCGACGAAUCCAUACCUGACCGGUAUGCCGCAGGUUGGCAACACGUACAGCCCGUACUUCGCGCCCAGCCCGAUAAUGCCGGCGAUAAUGGGCCCGGCGGACCCAACGGGCGUCGGCAGUCCGCUCGGCGUGGUGCCGCAGACGGUGGCGAUGCCGCAGAAGAUGCCACGUACCGAUCGCCUCGAGGUAUGUCGCGAGUUUCAACGCGGGGCGUGCAAACGCGGCGAGACGGAGUGCCGGUUUGCGCACCCCCUCGAGACGGUGCAGGCGAACGAGGACGGCUCUGUGACGGUCUGCAUGGACGCUGUCAAGGGCCGAUGCAAUCGGGACCCCUGCCGCUAUUUCCACCCCCCUCUGCACCUUCAAGCCCACAUUAAGGCCGCACAAUCUCGGGCUAGCAUUGCGACGGCGACGAUGCCGACGAGUGUGGCGGGAAUGGGUGCGUUGGCUGGCGGAAUGUCAGGAGUGCCGGCAACUGCGAUGCCCGGAGGACUGCAGAGCGCCAGUAUGGCGAGCAUCGAGCUCGGCAAGAAGCGGAUGCGCGACACCAAUGAUGAUCUGCUAAUGAUGGACAUGAAGUCUGUCGGGUCGUUCUACUACGAGAACUUUGCCUUCCCAGGGAUGGUUCCGUAUAAACGACCGGCGGCCGACAAGUCCGGCGUGCCGGUCUAUCAGCCUACCGGCGCGACGACCUAUCAGCAGUUAAUGCAGCUACAGCAGCCCUUCGUGCCUGUGUCAUGUGAGUACACUGGAACACCACCCCUACCCACCCAAACCUCUAACCAAUCGGUCGUGCAACCCCCGAACGUGCAAAGCAACCACCACGCGAUGGUGGUGCAAUCCUCCUCCUCCUCCUCCCAGGGAGCCGCCGGCGCCACAGUCAAUAACUGCGCCGACGCCAACAAUGGCGUGCUGAUGGAUCCCUGCAACAAUCCGCCGCCGCCGCCUCCGACCGCUGACAAUAACAGUAACAAUAGUAAUGGCAAUAACAAGCAGUCGGUUGCUACGCAGAAUCAUGAUGUCGAAAAUACGCGUAACUCUCCCGAAUUGAAUCAUUCGAGUCCAUCAUCGCUGCAGCAACAGCAGCAAGUACAGCAACAUCAACAUCAACAGCAACAGCAGAUCAAUCAGCUGGCUCUGCCACCAUCGAUGAGUCCGUUGACCUCGAUGGCCGGCCUGACUUCGAUGCCCGGCAUGAUGAACAUGGCCUCGAUGGCCUCCAUAGCUUCCAUGGCGAACAUGUCGUCUCUAACGAACAUGAGCUCCGUAGGCAAUUAUAACACUGCUUCCAAUAUGGCGGGUCUAAACAUGCUCAAUAGUCUCGGGAUGGCCUCCGGUUUACCAACCCAUUUCGAUCCCGCGGCUCUCGCCAAGGAGGUCGCCCAGAAAAAUUACGCCAAGGCUAUUAAGAUGUCGCAACCCUCCCAGUCUUACGGUCUCAGCCAUCUGGCCGCGCUCAAUUAUACCGGCGUCGCUUUGAACAAGCAGAACCACGUGAAUCCCGCCGCCGCCGGGAAUCCCGCGGUGGCCGCUGCCGCCGCCGCUGCUGCUGGUUUGCAGGCCACCGCGGCGACUCCCAGACCCGUCAUCUCGAGUCUGGCUGGUAUCCCGAGCGCUCUGACCUCACCGCUAUCGGCCGGUAUCCUGGCGUAUUCAAGACCGCCGCCCUCGGCCACCCCGAUUAAUCCAUAUUCCCUGAUCAGGCAGCAGAUCCUGCCGAAUCCCUACGUCCAGGCAUCGAUACAGGGUAUGCCCGGUGCCGCGACCAUGCAGACCAAUCCCUACAUCCAAAAUCCAUACGCCGUUCUACCCGGGAUGGCCGGUGUACCCGGGGUAUCGGCCGUCCAGCAGAUACCGCAGAUGGGAAAUCCGGGGACACAACCGCAAGUAGCGAUCCCCGUCAGUUCCGGGGUGAUUAUGCAGCCGUAUAAGAAAAUGAAGACGUCGUAAAGAUCCUUGACCGCCGGCUCGGGAGGACUCGUCUCCUCUCACGAGAAAGUACUGUUCCUUUUCCUCUCUGGGCACCUCUCGUUCUCUCUCUCGCGUGAACGAGCAUGAUCGAUUUCGCGAUUAGUCAUUACGGAUAAUGAUGGCCGCUAUCGCAGUAGCGCGAUAUAUUUUAGAUAAUUCUAGAAUUAAAAAGAUCUUUAUGAUUAGAAAUUGAUGCAAUGUAUCGUAACAAUGAUUACGUUACAGUGAAUAGAGUUUUGCGAUAUCUUUAUAGGCUAAUCUUAGUCAGUAUCACACACAGAUUGAUACUGACUGCAUCUCUAGAUAUAAUCGCGGUUGCAUAAACAGAAAUUUUGCUUUACAAAAUUAAUAUAAAAUACAUUUUUAAAAAUCUAUAAUUCAUCGAAAUAAUUAUUUGAUAUUUUUGUUUGCGCGAAACCAGAUGGGAAUUAGUCCUAGAAUGUUAUAGCUUUCGCUAUAAACUGCAUGGCGGAGUUCAAUAAACUCCCCUUUCAUUUAUUGUUAUUUGAUUUUUCUAUAUUUCUUUUUUUCGCUGAUAGAAAUAAAAUUAUGUCUUAUUUGUAAUAUAUUCUUUUUGUGUAAUUUUACAAAAUAUCGAUUUGCAAUCUAUUAGCUUUAAUUUAUUCAAAAAAUCGCGUAUUUUUUAAUCUUUAACUGUAUCGAUAAUGCAAUGAGAAAUAUAUUAAGACAAGAGUGCAGUUCUAAGAUUAAUCUCCAUCACCGGUGCUCAAGAAGCGAGAAAUCGGUCGUUGUUCACGAGAGGGACAGAAUGUUUAGCUAAGCGACUGCAAAGCGGGAGGUGAAAUACUGGUAUAUAAAAAAGAAAAAAAAACAAGUUCCGAAAAUAGAUUCAUUUUCUAGUCAGACAUUGUCGGUAAACAGUGCCUUAUCGACCCGAUUCCAUUUGGAGCGUUUCGAGCGUACAACUGCGAAAGAGAACGGUGAACAACGCGAGGAAGUGCGAGAUUUUAUUCCCGACGCAUUAAUUACUUGCCCGAAUGAUUAAAGGAGACAUGACUAUACCGUUCCGAUUUUGUUACUGUCGAAGUGAAUCUGAAACGACUUGCCGAUCAAGAGCGCGUUCGAAAAGGGGGACGGGAGAGUCUGCGAGAUAUCGAGCGUGACCGAAAGAAUCACAGAUAAUAUCAAUCGCCUAUUUUAUUUGCCUUUUAUUUUUCUUAGAAUAAUGGCGAUAUUUUUGCGCAAAUAUAUUUGUAGAAAUAGCUCAGCUUUGUCAUUUUAAUUAGCAUUAUUUUACCGUAGAGAGCAUUGUUAAAAGCGUUAUGUGUCGUUGCGCGUGACUGUUUUGUUCUUUUUUUUUUUUUUUAAUAAGAUAAAUUUGUAAAUAAGUCAAUAUAUUCGCGUCGUAAGAUUGGCGCUGCAAUAUUUUUAUUUCGGAACUACUAUAAAUUUCUGUGUUAUAGCCAUUCGUCCAAAUUUUAACAUGUAACGUCCGCCAGAAGGAAGAUGAAAAUAACGCUCGGCCUAUGUCACAUUAUGUGCGAUACUUGCCUUUAAGUAGCGUAACGUUAAUCAGCGGUCAGAUUCUUGAAAUAAUUAUUGUGCGAAGUUGGUUUAUUUUAUUAUUUUAUUAGUAAUUUGUUUGUUUAUGUAAUGUAAUAAUAGGUUCGAAAUUUUUUGUUUACUCGUUUAUCGCGGAACGAGGUUAAAUAAUCGCGCAAAUCAUUGUCGCAUUUUUAACGUCAUAGCGUAGUACAUUUAAAAAAGAGCUGUUUUCUUCGUUAUCAUAUGAUAUGAUGUCCGAGAUAUAUUUUGGAUUAUAUAUGAGGCUCAUACAAUGCCGUGAUAUAUUUGUUAAUGUUUAGAGAGUUGUUUUAAAAUUUUUAUUGAUUUGACCUGUAUUUUUUUCCGUUUAGAUUUAAGGAUAUAUUAUGCCUAUAUGAUAACAUAUAUUUCCUAGAAAUAUCUUGCACAUCGACGAGUAUAUGUAAACCCGACCGGAAGAAUUUCCGGUCGGGCCGUUAUUUAUCCUAUAUAGUAUUCGUAAAAUUUAGGAUAGUUGUUUGCUUUAGUUAGCGUAUUAUCUAUAUCUUUAGCAUAAGCGUGCUCGAACACAACGUACUUUUCUAUCCUGAUGGAUUCAAUUCGGGGGAGUCUGUUGCACAAAGUGAACUUCGUCAAUUCGCGAUCUACGAGCUUAUGCAUUUAGCCGAAUGAGAGAAGUAGCAGUUGACGAGAAAAAAAGAAAGGAAAAACGGCGGAUCUGCGGAACACGCAGAUGCAUUUACGUGGAAUUCGAAGGAGAAAAAGGAGGGAAUACAAAAAUGGUCUAAUCUUGUAUGGAGGCGGUGAGACGGGAGGAGAAAAACGUCUCGUUGAUCAUCCCUUUCGGGAGGUGGAAGGAACGCGAACGUUCACAUGCGUAUCAUAUUACACGACCGCGCAAACAGUAACACUUAAGACACUCACACGAUAUUUAGAUGAUAGAUACUGCGUAUAUUUUUAUUAACUCGCGCGUAUAUAACGAUAAGAGAGAGAAUAGCGGAGAAUUACGCAGUGCUGGCGCUAGCUCUCGCAUGCGUCUUACGAGAAAACGUGAGCAUUUGCUUUUCUCUCUCUCUGUCCGCAUUCACGUGUCUGCCAGUGAUUUGAAAGUUUGUUUAAGUCGAGAUGCAUAAUUAAUAAACAUAUAUAUACGUAUGUACGUAU